AUGAAAUUGUUUUAUAAUGAUAAAGCUACUAAAUUUUCAUCUCUAACACGUAUAUUUCAUAAAUUAUAUCAUACUAUAGGUCCAUUCAAUGUAUGGUUGAUUGGACUUUGUAUAUUAUGUUUAAUAUGUAUUACGUUAUUCUCAUUAAUCGAAUCUUGGACAAUAUUCUUCUAUCUUACAUUAGCACCUUAUCUGAUCAUAUUGACUUGGUCACUUCCAUUGACUCGUAUUGGCAGUUGGAAAGCAUUUACAUCUAUUAUUCAUCGUUUAUGUGGUAUUCUUUCUCUUUUAUUACCUAUGGGAUUGAUAAUAUAUAAUUCAUGGACGAAUGAACAUCCUCCAAGAUAUCUUUACUUUAUAGCUAUAUUAAGUGUUACUUUCAAUUGUAUAUUUGGUGCUCUUCUUAUUCCCCAAAGAAUUCCAAGUUUUGAUAUUCCAACAAUACGAGCAUUUGGUGUUGGUGUUACUCUUGGAUUAUCAUUUGUUGGAUGGUCAUUAGUAUGGUAUUUUGGUGCUCAAUCAUGGUUUGCUCCUUUUGGAUAUGUAUGUGCAAUCUAUAGUUUUAUUACAUGUUUUUUUGCUUGGAAUGAUUCUGUACAACAUAUUUAUACUAAUAUGACAAAUCCUUAUUAUGCUACACAACUUGAUUUAGAAUAUUUCAAACCACCAAAACGACCUUAUCAAGUUGGAUUAAAACAUAAACCUUAUAAAUUAUGGGAAGUAUUUAUAAGAUUUCCAUUCAAAUCUGUUCAUCCAAAAUUACAAGAAGUUACAGUAACACCUUCAUCAGCAGCUGUUGUUUUUACUGUUACAUUAACUGCUAUAUUUUCAUUGACAACAUUAUUGCAAUGGCAUUAUAUUUAUUGUGGACCAAAUGGAAUGAUACUUCGUCAUGAAUUAUUUCCAUCUUAUACGAAAUAUUCAGCAUAUUUAGCUUUACUUGCUGCUGUUGCAAAUAAUUUUGGUACAUUUGCUGGAACUUUAGUUGUUCAACAGAAAGUAUCUUCAUUUUGGGGAGCUUUUUUUAAUGCUAUUGGACUUUUAAUACCUGUUGUUGGAAUAUUAAGCUUUCAAUUACGUAUACCACAUGAAAAUACUUUGUAUUCAAUUUUAUUAAAUAAAUGUUCUACUUAA